GCACACUUUGUUACGGGAAUUCCUCCUAUUCUGAACCCUAUUUGUCAAUUUCCAAGCAGCUCUUUCACUUGUGCAUUCUCCUUGCUUCUCUUUCUCCAACUUGCUUCGCCGUUGGGGAGCCGCGAAGUGGCGCUCCUCAAUCGGCCGACGAGUGUGCAGUGCUCCGCGAAAACAACGACAGAGCUGUGGCUCGUGUCCCUUUUAGGGCACUGAGGAAAGAACAAAAUGAAACUAAUUGCAUCGACAAAUCUCUACUCUAUACGGUAUGAUCCGAAAGCGCUUAUACCUCCCAUCGCAAAACGGUAUCUAGGGGCACCCUUUCAUCCACUUCGACCCAAAGUUGCCCAUAUGUGCGAUAUCAGAGAUCAAAAUACAUUAUGGUGGAGAGUUGCAAUAUACCCCUUGCAGCCGUAUCGCCGCGUGGUUCGUUCGUGGAGUGCUAGGAGAACUCGUCUUGCGUUUGAGCAGGCUUUGGAGGCGCGAGGGUUUGAUCGGGAAGGCCGGAGGAUAUUGGACAAUGCUCGGGGUUCAGGGAAGACUAAGAUGGGCGGGAAUCUGACGGGGUCGUUCGAGAUUCUCGUUCGUGAGGCAACCAUCAAAGAACAGUAUCCCACGAUUCAGAGAGAGAUGAGUUCGGCCCUUGAUGCCUUGCUACGAGCAAAAAGACAGCAGAAUAGGCCUAGCGGCGAUUCGAAUAGCCACAAGAAGCGAGAACGCGUAGACGCUGGAGUCGCUGUGCUCCUGACCCAGGACAACCGCCUCAUCGAAUUCCCCUCCGUCCUCCUACCCAACAACAUCGCCUCUGGCAGCAUCGUCGACAUUACAGUAGCGCGCAAUCAUGCCGCUGAAGCCACCAGCGCAUCCGACUUCCAGUCUCUUCAGAAACGUAUUUUGAACACCUAUGGUAUCAAAACCCCGUCGCCGCCCAUCCUCCGCCUCCGAAAUGCCACGCAGACAUCGCUGGUCCUGGAAUGGGAUCCUAUCGAUCUGGCAACAGCGUCGCUCAAGUCACUGUCUCUCUACCGCAAUGGCUCUAAAGCUGGCUCGAUACCAAGACCCACCGAGACUCGGAGUACUAAGAUCAGCGGACUUGCUAUUCAUACCGAAUACACCUUCCACCUGGUGCUGCGCACGACUGCCGGUACUUACCAGUCGGAGAAGUUGACUUGUCGGACACACAAGAUGACGGAUCUGUCUGGAAUCACGGUCACACCGGGCAUCCUCCCCCCGCAGCAGAAGGAGGCACUCGCAACCGCACUGGACCGCAUCGGAGGCAAGCUGAUCGAUACCGUUCGCAUCGACACAACCCACUUUGUCUGCACGGAAGGACGAGGCCCGCUGUGGCAGAAGGCAGUGGAGAUGAACAUUCCCGUAGUGCUGCCGGAGUGGGUCGAUGCCUGUGAGGCGGAGGGCACGAUUGUGAGUGUCCGGGGCUACUACCUGAAUGCGGACCCCAAGACCCGGCAGCUAGGACCGAUUCACGGAUCGUCGCAGCACCAACAUAAUGCCUCCACAGCUUCGAUAGCAACAACUGCCCAGACCCAGGCUCCAUCCCAGAACCAGACGCAGACCAACCUUCAGACUCUGCCUUCGCGCGAACGUGACCAGUCUACCACAAGUGAACAGCCAGUGACUCCUUUCCCGGGACAGCCCAUGAAUGGUCAACCCAAGGCAGAGGAGGAAGAGGAGUCAGAAAACGAGCAAUCGCCGCCCCCUCCCCCUCCCAAGGACGACGCUCCAAAGGAAGACGCCCCAGAGAAAGAAGAACCGAAGGAAGAAUCCCCGGGGCCUAGCAGCCAGCCCGAAAAAAACGGUGAAUCUGAGCCGUCAGAGACCGCAUCUCCAGACGAGAAGGAAGAACUUAAGAAGGAAGAACAACCCGAGCAGAACGGAGCCGCGAAGGAACCGGAAAACGCUUCGCCAGAGGAUAAAUCCAAAAAUGAAGAGCCUGCCGCCGAUGGAGAGAAGAAGCUCAAGGGGAAACAAAGCGAGGGAGAUUUCAACGAAGUUCCCCUUUAGGUUUUAAUGAUGGAUGAUGGCUACUGAGUAGACGGAGUGUGUCCGAUUGCUUUCUUAUUUCCCUUUUUAUUUUUUAUACUUCCUUUCUUCCUAUGAAUGGCUUAUGUUGUUUGGCGUCUUAUGACUUUUUAUAUCCGGUAGUAUAGUGUGUCAUGGGCCUUCCUACUUAAUCCAUAGAAUGACUGUCGAGUGGCAACCAUUCCGGGAUGUUUUUCUCCUCUGUUGCUUUUAUGUGUUCGAUGGUAUGUGUACAGUAGUUACAUGGUAUAGGAUUGUCAGCAUUUUACUUCAGAUGCUGACGUUCUGAAGCUUCAAUACAACUUUU